AUGGCCUCGACAAAUUUUGACUCUGAGCAGCGGAAGCUGUGCCAAAGCCUCACUCCUCCUGCCUCUCAGCCAGACACGACAUCUCUGCAUGACAAGAAGGCGCUUUCGGCUCUAGGAAAAUCUAGGGACACAGCGAUUUGUAUUCCCUCUGAUGUCGAUUCUGAUACCGAAGAUGAAAAUGAUGAGAGCCAAGAACUCGACAGUUCGCAAUCUUAUGCAACUCGUGCCAGCUUCCCGGACUAUUUGGAUCUCACUACCGCCAAAUUUUGCGCAACUGAAUCAGAAGCUGCCAUUGGCGUGGUCACUGCGUCAACAGGAUCCCCAGCUCAAGCGGAAGCUGCCCCAGCUUGGCCGAAUGAGACGCAAGUCUCUCAGCUUGCUGAUGCUGAACCGAGCCAGCAAUCUUCAUGUCAGAUAGAUCACAUACUCACUGGAGAUAUGUCGUUCGCUUGUCAAGCGGUCGAUUUUACAACCCCUCCUACUAGCCCUGAAAGCCAGCCAUACCCAGUUGCGGCAGACGGGCAACAACUUCGGCCCGUACCAGUCAGUGGACAGGGCAAUAUGAUGGUCGAUGCUGUCUUGGACCAUGGCGAUUGUCAUGACACCCAGGGUCAUCCGGAUCCCCCCUCAACUUGCACACAGUCUCCGCGGACUACCAGCCUCGUCGAAGUGGUCCAGGCGCCACCUCAGGAAAGCGAAGUACGCGCCGGCAAUUCGUGGGACGACGCCAUUCCUGAAAUCCGCACCCCAUCUCCCGCAAGGCCCUCACUCGAACCGCAUCAAGGACAAGGCUUGGAUGAUGCAAGCUGCGCGCCCAGCGAUGCCGAGUCCGAAGUCACGGAGGCUGGAUCCGGAUCGCCAUCUGAAAGCCAAUCAAAGGGCGGUGAUGCAGACAGUGAGGAGGGUUCAGGGAGCGAGGACGACCUCAACGGGCUAGAAUCUCAACUCCGUGAAGAGAACUCUCCUUCACUUCCGGAUAGUGAGGAUUCUGGCUCAGAGGACGAUGAUUUCGACGAUGUACACCAAGGUCGUAAGUGUCGCAAGGUCUCCAAGUCCCCUUCCUAUUCGGUCCGCAAUGCGGCCAUCAGUGCCUGGGAUUCUCGCCGAAGGAGGCGAUCCACGAGAGCUGUCGCACACUCAUUGAGGGAGCGUGACACGUCGGCACUCGGCGUGCUGAGCCCAACACCAUCGCAAGCAAGAUCUGUUCCGCCUGAGGCCAGUGCGUUUCUUGCUCGGUUUCAGGAAUGGCCGCUCGAGAAUGUUUCAAUGAAACGCAUUACCGAAAAUGGAAAGACUACGUUUCAAUUCCAAUUUGAGUGGCCCCUUUGCGCAAAUCAUCCGCAUGCCACCAGUGUAAGCCCCCAUUCAACCCGCUCGGUCGCGACGAAGAAAACAACCAAGCGAGCUCCAGCAAGACGGGCAAAGUAUUCAGACGAUGAAGAUAACUUCCUUAUACAACUGAAGGAAGAGGAGCAGCUUGGGUGGGCGGAGAUUCGUCGGCGUUUUGCUCGACGUUUCCCCGAAUGA